AUGGCGCAAAAGACCAUUGUUGUCAUCGGCGCCGGUGUGGCAGGCUUGACCACAGCAAUGCUAUUAUCGAGAACGAGAAAGUACCGAGUAAUCAUAGCAGCGAAGCACAUGCCUGGCGACUACGCUAUCGAAUAUGCAAGUCCGUGGGCUGGUGCAAAUUACAUGCCCGUAUCAAUUCGUGACACCGAUGCUGCGCAGUACGAUCGAGACACCUGGUUACCGUUGGAGGAUCUUGCUCGCCAUCAUCCCGAGGCCGGUGUCCAUUUCCAGGAGUGCCAGAUCUUCAAUCGCGCAGCUGAUGCACAGUCCACGACAGCAGCUUGGUUCUCCGAGCUGCUAUCGACAAAUCCUUGGUUCAAGGACGUGGUGUCUGACUUCAAAGUGCUCCCCAGGAGCGAUCUUGCAGCAGGCAUCGACUCGGCGACAUCUUUCACGUCUUUUUGCAUAAACACAGCCAUCUAUCUUCCGUGGCUGCUGUCACAAUGCCUGCGCAAUGGUGUGAAGGUUCAAAGAGGCACAUUUUCGCACAUCAGCGAUGCUGUCUCGGUCGAUCCAAGCCACCCAGCCGAUCUCAUCGUGAAUUGCACAGGACUUGGGGCCUCGACUCUUGGUGGUGUCCAAGACACCUCGGUGGUAGCUGCACGCGGACAAAUCACACUUGUUAGGAACGACCCUGGUGGACGCAUGAUGAACUUUUCUGGCACUGAAGACGGACCAGACGAGGCAUGCUAUAUCAUGGCCCGCGCAGCAGGAGGAGGCACAAUUCUCGGUGGAUCGUAUCAGAAAGGCAACACUGAUAGCGGUAUCGAUCUGAACCAGGCCACUCGGAUCAUGCAACGCGCAGUCAAAGCGUGCCCGGCACUGACAGGUGGAAAGGGCAUCGAGGCCCUCGACAUCAUUCGUCACGGGGUCGGUCUGAGGCCAGUCCGUGAAGAUGGCACAAGGGUAGCUAAAGAGAAGAUCGGUGGUGUCUGGGUCGUGCAUAACUAUGGUGCGGGUGGUGCAGGUUACCAGUCUUCAUAUGGCUGCGCGCAAGCUGCGUUGGAUCUGGUCGAAGAAGCACUCGGUGGAAGGAACAAGGCAAAGUUGUGA